GAGGGGGGGAGAGCAAAGAGAGAAAGAGAGACAGAGAGAGCGAGCGCAGAGAAAGAGAGGGGCACGAGCGAGCAGAGAGAGAGCACAGAGAGAGCAGAGAGAGAGAGGAGAGAGAGCGAGAAAGAGGGGGGGGAGCAAAGAGAGAAAGAGAGACAGAGAGAGCGAGCGCAGAGAAAGAGAGGGGCACAGUUUGCUCCUGCAGUGCUGCAAGGACAGACUCCACUGACAGAGGAGGGGACACACACACAGCCCAGCCUGAAGAGAGACAUGUCUACAUAACAGGACCAUCAGCACACUAAUCAUUUCUGGACACUGACAGCAACACAGAACACAAAUAGAUGCCAAGGACUAGCACCUCAAAACAACCUCACCCUCACAGAGAGGGAGGUCACAUUUUGAAGGUGGAACAGUUUGAAGACGGACACGGUAAAGGAAGACAUUUGUUCUGGAAGAAGACCAACUAAAACAGGAGUAAUCAACGGUAUCAUCUACUCUCUGCGAUCUAUCUCUUGGAAGCGAAAAGAAGAGACUUUACAGUACAGGGCACUGGGCUGCUCUGCCUUCAACACUCAUACCCUUCUGUGCUGCUACUGCUGUUCCUGCUGUUCCAAACCAGGCUACAUCAGACAGUGGUACGCUGAAGGUAGUAGCUCUGCUCUACACUCUAGCUAGCUGUACUGCACUGACUAACGGAUUGACUGACUGACCAUGAGUGAGUCGAAGAAGGGUGAUCUGGCUAUCCGGGAUAAAGCCAUCCUGGGCCAGCAGAGGCGUCUGAAGCAGGCCACCCAGUUCACACACAAAGACUCAGCCGACCUGCUGCCCCUGGAUGGGCUCAAGAGAUUGGGCACCUCCAAAGAUCUGCAGCCCCACAGUAUCGUGCAGCGCCGCCUCAUGGCGGGAAACAUCACACAGCUGCGGGGCGAGGCCCGCGUGGGGAGACCCUCGCCCCUGGUCGACAGCAAGGAAGGGGGCGCCGGCGACGCAGAGGAGAAGAGCGAGAGCACGGCUGACGACUCCACGGAGGAGAGCGAGAGGAGCCUCGAGACGAGGUCGGACGAGGAGGAGGACAGCAGCGAGGCCGGGGGGGAGACAAGCAGCACGGCGGGGAAAGAGAAAACAGAGGAGGGGAGGAAGGAGAGGCCUCUCUCUACCCUGCUGGUCCAGUGCAAGUGCUGCGACACUGAGGUGAAGGCUUCCAUCAACACCGGGAGUCAACACAACCGCAUAUCCAGCUCCUGCUGCAGGAGGCUUGGAUUGGUUCCCACCCAGGAAGGUCCACCCUGUGAGCAGACAGAGGGCCAGGGCUCUGUGAGGGGCCUGCAGCUGCAGCUGGGCAGACAGAGUGUCCAGUGCUCUGCCCACGUCACCGAGGAUGAGGUGUUUGAGCUGUGCCUGGGUCUUCAGACUCUGCAGGAACUCAAAUGCUGUGUGGACCUGAGCAGUAGAGUCCUAAAGCUCCAGGGCUCAGGGGAGGAGCUGCCUUUCCUGGAGCCGCCAUUGGUCAGCCAGUGCCAUAACCAAGACAGCAAUGAGAACCUGUGACGCUGGCGUGUCACAACCUCCCUGCCGUCCCACGCCCUCCUCUGAUUGGCUGGCGCUGAAAAAACAUAAUGCGGUCCGGGUCGGGACUGUCCAAUCAGUGUCUCGCACUGCCAGGAACAUGGUUGACCACUCCAAUUCUCUUCAGUUUACACCAUUGUGUUUGUUUCUGUGGAAUUAAGACAUUACCAUGAUGUUACCCCUGUAUUGAAUUAGACUAGUUUAUGGAGCAGAUGGAGCUCAAGGAUUGGGACAAUUCUAUGUAACAAUCUUCAUAAUUAUGUACUUAAUCAAGGUGUUUUUUAUCUGCCAGACAGUGCAUCAUUGUUCAAUGCACUCAUGGAAAAAAGGAAUCCAAAAGGGUUCUUUGACUGUCCCCUUAGGAGAACUCUUUCUGGUUCCAGGUGGAACUAUUUUGGGUUCCAUGUAGAAUCCUCUUUGUAAAGAGUUCUACAUUGAUCUCAAAAAAAAAUAAAAAAAAAUAAACUGGAACCAAAAGGUUUCUACCUGGAACCAAACAGGGUUCUUCAAAAAGUUAUCCUAUUUGAACAGCCGAAGAACCCUUUUAGUUUCUAGAUAGCACCUUUUUCCCCCUAAGACUGUACUGAAACAUACGGAGGAGUCAGACGAUGAUUAUCAUUUGAAAUGAACAUAUUGUGAUUUGGAGGUAUAAAAUAAUUUACAUUGAUCAUCAAUUAAAUGCCCAAACUGUUUAAAAUCAAAAUCAGUUCAGCCUAGAGGAAAAAAAUGAUAUUUCCCUCACAUCCCUUUACAGAGAGAUAGUCUUCUAGAUGUCCUCUCAAACGUGCUCAAGAGAAACGGUGAACAAAAAACAGGUCUUAUGAAACCUUUGAAUCUGCCUGUUAAAAAAUCUAAUUGAGAGUCAGGACAGACAGGGAAUUCUGGAAGAGAUGUGAGGAGACUACUGCUACUCCUGAACUAACUGCCUUCAGCCAAGUGAAGACUCUCUCUCAUUUAUUUUCCCAAAUGAAGAGUGCUCCUAAGAAUGUCACGAUGACCCACAUCAAAACUAGUUCUCAAUAAUUCCACUUAAAAUGUUAAGAGUCCUGGAGUUGUGUGUGUCAGACGGACAGCACAGCAAAAAGAUCCAAACAUUCCAUAAUUCCGCAUGAUUUUUUGUAGAAGUCUGCUUUUGUAUACGUCUGGAUGUUAGUGUUCCUGUGAGAGUGUGUCAGUGUGUGUGACUUGGAGAUGUGCGAGUGCGUGUACGUACUGGUAGAUGUGCACUGUGUGUGUGUGGGUGUGUUGGAUGCAUGUCAAUCGAGGGGCUUUUCUGUUUUGAUAUGGUUAGUGGCUAGUGUUUCACAUGGGAAAGAAAAAGGGAUGAGUUCUAUUUACUUCUCCUCCUCCUACUCCUCCCAGCUCCUCCUCCUCCCAGCUCCUCCUACUCCCAUCUCCUACUACUCCUCCCAGCUCCUCCUACUCCUCCCAGCUCCAGUCAGAGGGAGCUGCCAAAACGGAGCCGACCCCAGCUGCCUUCCUUCCCUCGUCUUCUUCAGGGGACAUGAAUCACUCUGCUCUGAGGCUGCUCUCUGGGUCAAGGCCCUCAUAGAUGUUUGUUUAAGCAUAUUCUCUCUCUCUCUCCCUUCAUUUUUUAUGUUCAGGAAACAAAUCUGCUUGGUACAUUUUUACCUCUUCUCAUUUGGUACGUUAUUCACUUUGACAAGCCUUGCUUGCUGAUUUGGUAUUUUACUAGGACCGGUGCAGCAGCACAGAAUCAUCAUCAGGACCCUGCUUGUUGCCUGACUGACAGUUUCAAAACAAGUCACAUUUUCUUAGUCACAUGCGCCGAAUACAACAGGUUUAGACCUUACAGUGAAAUGCUUACUUACGAGCCCCUAACCAACAGUGCAGUUUCAAAAAAUAUAUAUAAGAAUAACAGACAAAAGUAACAAGUAAUUAAAGACGAGCAGUAAAAAAUAACAAUAUAUACAGGGGGGUGCCGGUACAGAGUCAAUGUGCAGGGGCACCGGUUAAUUGAGGAAGUAUGUACAUGUAGGUAGAGAUAAUCAAAGUGACUAUGCAUAGAUGACAACAGAGAGUGGCAGUGGUGUGGAGAGGGGAGGGGGGGGCAAUGUGAAUAGUCUGGCUAGCCAUUUGACUAGAUGUUCAGGAGUCUUAUGGCUUGGGGGUAGAUGCUGUUAAGAAGCCUCUUGGACCUAGACUUGGCGCUACGGUAACGCUUGCUGUGUGGUUGCAGAGAGAACAGUCUAUGACUAGGGUGGGUGGAGUCUUUGACAAUUUUCAGGGCCUUCCUCUGACACCGCCUGGUAUAGAGGUCCUGGAUGGCAGGAGAUUGGCCCCAGUGAUGUACUGGGCCGUUCGCACUACCCUCUGUAGUGCCUUGCAGUCGGAGGCCGAGUAGUUGCCAUACCAGGCAGUGAUGCUCUCGAUGGUGCAGCUGUAGAACAUUUUGAGAAUCUGAGGACCCAUGGCAAAUCUUUUCAGUCUCCUGAGGGGGAAUAGGUUUUUUCGUGCCCGCUUCACGACUGUCAUGGUGUGCUUGGACCACGUUAGUUUGUUGGUGAUGUGGACGCCAAGGAACUUGUAGCUCUCAACCUGCUCCAUUGCAGCCCCGUCGAUGAGAAUGGGGGCGUGCUCGGUCCUCAUUUUCCUGUAGUCCACAAUCAUCUCCUUUGUCUUAAUCACGUUGAGGGAGAGGUUGUUGUCCUGGCACCACACGGCCAGGUCUCUGACCUCCUCCCUAUAGACUGUCUCAUUGUUGUCGGUGAUCAGGCCUACCACUGUUGUGUCAUCGUCAAAUUUAAUGAUGGUGUUGGAGUCAUGCCUGGCCGUGCAGGCAUGAGUGAACAGGGAGUACAGGAGGGGCACCUGAGGGGAGGAUCAGUGUGGCGGAUGUGUUGUUACCUACUCUUACCACCUGGGGGGCGGCCCGUCAGGAAGUUCAGGAUCCAGUUGCAGAGGGAGGUGUUUAGUCCCAGGAUCCUUAGCUUAUUGAUGAGCUUUGAGGGCACUAUGGUGUUGAACGCUGAGCUGUGGUCAAUGAAUAGCAUUCUCACAUAGGUGUUCCCUUUGUCCAGGUGGGAAAGGGCAGUGUGGAGUGCAAUAGAGACUGCAUAAUCUGUAGAUCUGUUGGGGUGGUAUGCAAAUUGGAGUGGGUCUAGGGUUUCUGGGAUGAUGGUGUUGAUGUGAGCCAUGACCAGCCUUUCAAAGCACUUCAUGGCUACAGACGUGAGUGCUACGGGUCGGUAGUUAUUUAGGUAGGUUACCUUAGUGUUCUUUGGCACAGGCACUAUGAUGGUCUGCUUAAAACAUGUUGGUACUACAGACUCGGACAGGGAGGUUGAAAAUGUCAGUGAAGACACUUGCUAGUUGGUCAGCGCAUGCUCGCAGUAUAUGUCCUGGUAAUCCGUCUGGCCCUGUUAUUUGCCUCGAAGUGAGCAUAGAAGUGGUUUAGCUCGUCCGGUUGGCUCGUGUCACUGGGAAGCUCUCUGCAGUGCUUCCCUUUGUAGUCUGUAAUGGUUUGCAGGCCCUGCCACAUCGAACGAGCGUCAGAGCCGGUGUAGUACGACUCGAUCUUAGUCCUGUAUUGAAGCUUUGCCUGUUUGAUGGUUCGUCGGCGAGCAUAGCGGGAUUUCUUAUAAACUUCCGGGUUAGAGUCCCGCUCCUUGAAAGUGGCAGUUCUAUCCUUUAGCUCAGUGCGAAUGUUGCCUGUAAACCGUGGUUUCUGGUUGGGGUAUGUACGUACAGUCACUGUGGGGACGACGUCAUCGAUGCACUUAUUGAUGAAGCCAAUGACGGAUGUGGUGUACUCCUCAAUGCCAUUGGAGGAAUCCCAGAACAUGUUCCAGUCUGUGAUAGCAAAACAGUCCUGUAGUUUAGCAUCUGCUUCAUCUGACCACUUUUUAUUUUAUCAAUCUAGUCACUGGUCUUUCCUGCUUGAAUUUUUGCCUGCAAGCAGGAAUCAGGAGGAUAGAUACAUUUUUCCUCUUCUCAUUCGUUCCACUUUUGCUGACGUACGUUAUUCGCCUUGCUUGCUGAUUUGGUAUUUUACUAGGACCGGCGCAGCGGCACAGAAUCAUCAUCAGGCCCCUGCUUGUUGCCUGACUGACAGUUUCACACUACAGGGUCGACUACAGGACCGAAACGUACUGUGCUGGCUUGAAUAUCGUAUUUUCUCAUUAUCCUUUACAGCACAGUUCCAGCUACUAUGGUGGAUACGUAACGAGUCCAAUCCAGUACUGUACAGCUCGGCUUGGUUCAGUUUGACCCUAUGGUGUGAAUCAGGCAUGUGAGAAAGCCAAAAGGCCACGCUAUAAUCUUCCCACUAACAUGCAUUACACUCUGCCUUGAUCCAUUCGCAUUGUUUGGACAAUCGAGAAGCGCUUCAGACGCCCUCAAAAAGGUCUUCAAUACUCUGCUUUUACCAUCUGGGCCUGUAUUCAAAGAGUCUCUGAGUACGGGUUUCCACUAGUUAGCACAGCCACAGUCAAGAUUGUCUAUAUUGGGAAAAAAACAAAUGAAAACAAAAAUGAGCUUUUUGGUCUUAAUUCAAGAUUAGACAUAAGUUUUGCAGUGUGGUUACGGUUAGGUAUACAAAUCUGGUUUCAGGAAGAGAAGUAGAAAUAGGCUGGGUUUAUGACUUUGUGGCUGUGGUAACUAGUGACUACCCCGAGUAGGUGCUGAUAUCGGAUCAGUCAUGCCUUUCAGCUCAUAAUGGACAAUAUUACACAUGGACCUGAUCCUAGAUCAGCACUCCAACUCAGACUUUUUGUGAAGAUGGGUCUUGGACAGUGCCAUGCUCUCAACUGUGUAACAAUAUCCAUCUGACCUCUAGCUCUUUCUAUGGAGGUCACCCACAAAUAAUUGCUAAUGUUUCGUACUAGUGUACUUCCUAAUAUGCUGUGCGAUGGUAAUCGACGUAUGAAAUACAUUUAUUUUUUGUGUUUUUUCUGAACAGUAUUUUCUCUGCCUAUUAAAAGAUGUAUUCUGGCUA